GCAAAUCAAUGCCCCCAUCGGGAUCGUCGGCAGGUCAGCCGGCCGUCCACGUCAUCUGACUCAAGGCGACAAGAUUUUCGAAGAGAGUACUCGCCACCGAGGAAGGAUCCUGAGCUGCGUGACAAAGUCGUAGAGCUGGCUAAGGGAUUUAAAUCGAUCAAGGAACACUUUGAAACAAUGCAAGAAAAGAAAGCGGACAAAGCCAGACGCAAGUUGGAACGUGAGAAAGAGAAGGAGGAGGAGUUACGCCGGCAGGAAGAGGAAGAGGCGAGGAGAGCGCAAGAGGAAUUUCGUCGAGCAGAGAAGAAGCGAAAGAAGAAAGAGAAGGCGAGACAAGAAGCUACACUACGUGCCGAGAUGAAGAAAGACGUUACAAUGCACGCUGCACUGAUGAUGAACGAAAUCAAAGAUGACUGGAUUAAUCAGUGGAAAACCAAAGUCCUACCGACGUUAACUGGCGGACGAAUUGACGCGAAGGGUAAGAAGAAGGUCGUGUACCAAACCGGGAGUGAUAGUCAAUCCGAAGGGAGUGAAGAAGGCAGCGACACGAGUGUGACGCAGGAGUUGAGUGCUAAGGCCAGCAGACUAUGUAUCACGAAAAAGAGGAAACGGGAGACUGGCGUGGCCUUAGAAAACAGUCCUCUUAUGGAACUCCCGCCAAAGCGAACCCCUCGAGGUGCGACAGGAAAGACGGGGAAAGCGAUGGUGCCAAUGACUCGAGCACGGUCGGAGAGGUUUCGUACUCCAAUCUCAGCGAAGAAGAAGACUCCGGUGAGGACUCGGCUUUCGAAACUAACGAAGUCAGGUAAUAAGAAGACUCCACCAAGCGGAAGGAUGACCCCUGCCAGCCGGGUUCUCGCACGAUUACGUUAUCGUGAUUCAAUCAUGCAUGAAUUGAAGGGCUGCAGCGCCAAUGAGCUGCAAAGGUUCUGCAAGGAUGAAGGUAUUCCCUACACCGGAAAGGUGGAUGCAAUUUUCGACUUGGCGGAGCAUCGAGCUCAACAGCAUGCCAACGUACCUCCACAAGCGGAGGUGAUUCGCAUCGCCGAUUCAACUGACGUCGGCGUCAGCGCCUCUGGUGAUACACAGGAGUGAUGUGGGAUCCCCACUACUGCCUGGAUGGAUCUUUGCAGGUACUAGCCUACGAUGCUCUCAGUUGUAUGUCGAUGGACGAAUUGAAUUUCUCAUGCGUUUGAUAGUUCUUCUCUUGAUGUUGACGAAGUCAGUAAAGUGGUUGGGGAAAU